GAGCCGCAUGGAGCUGCUCAUCAUGGAGACGCAGGCGGAGAUGUGUCGCGCCCUGGCCGCCCUGGACCCCGGCGCCUCCUUCGUGGUUGACAGCUGGGAAAGGAAGGAAGGCGGAGGCGGCAUCAGCUGCGUGCUGCAGGAUGGCGAGGUCUUCGAGAAGGCGGGUGUGAACGUGUCCGUCGUGUCCGGGCUCCUGUCCGAGGAGGCAGCGCGGCAGAUGCGGAGCAGGGGGAAGUCUCUGAAGGCCAAGGACGGGAAGCUGCCUUUUUGUGCCAUGGGUGUGAGCUCUGUUAUCCAUCCAAAGAAUCCUCAUGUUCCAACCAUGCACUUCAACUACAGAUACUUUGAAAUUGAAGAAGCAGAUGGAACUAUACAGUGGUGGUUUGGUGGUGGGACUGACCUCACUCCAACUUACCUGAAUGAAGAGGAUGCUGUUCAUUUUCACAAGACUCUGAAAGAAGCCUGUGACAAGCACGAUCUGAAGCUAUAUCCCAAGUACAAGAAAUGGUGUGAUGACUAUUUCUAUAUCAAGCACCGUGGCGAGCGAAGAGGGAUUGGAGGCAUAUUCUUUGAUGAUUUGGACUCUCCCUCCAAGGAGGAAGUAUUCCAGUUUGUAAAGAGUUGUGCCAAAGCUGUCGUGCCUUGUUACAUUCCCAUUGUGAAAAAGCACUGCCAUGACUCCUUCACACCAGAGGAAAAGCUAUGGCAACAGCUUCGGAGAGGACGGUAUGUAGAGUUCAACUUGCUUUAUGACAGAGGUACCAAGUUUGGCCUCCUGACACCAGGAUCGAGAAUUGAAAGCAUUCUUAUGUCUCUGCCACUGACUGCGAGGUGGGAGUACAUGCACAACCCACCAGAGAGCUCCAAAGAAGCAGAAAUCCUGGAGGUUCUGCGAAAUCCCAAAGACUGGGUGCACUGACACGGAUCAUGAAGAUGUUGGAUUGCUUUCACUGAGCCAUUCUGAGAGAACAGGAAUGCCUGCUAAUCAGCCAUUCAGACUGCUGUUGUGUCGUGUUUCAGUGUGUCUAUUUUAUACUCUUACCUCCUGCCUUAAUUAUGCUGUAGACUUGUUAGAACUUGCAAAUGUGUGAACUCAUUCCUUUAGAUUGAUGGGCUAAUGUUGUCACCCCCCUGUUGCUGUUGCCUUGUGAAGGGCUGGUGAAGGCCUCACAGGGCUACUCUGCAUGCUUUAGAUGACUGCAAAAUGGCAAAGUACUGUGAUGUGUUCAGGGAAAUGAAAGCAUUAUUUGUGCCUAAAUAGCACUGCUCAGCCUUAUAAAAUGUCGGGAUGCUUAAAAACAUUUUUUAAAGAAUAAAGGGAAUAUUUGAUAUUAUAUU